UAAAAUGGAGCCGUUUCUCGCACUCAUCAGUCUCCGAGCAGUCACGGUUUCUCUCUGUUCUACUUCUACCAACGCAGGAUGGGAAGCUCCGCCAACCGCGUCGCCGGCAACCGCGCCUCCUCAAGCAAUGGAGGCGCCGCCGCCAUCGACAAGGGCGUCGACUACGCUAACUAUUUCUGCACCUACGCUUUUCUCUACCACCAGAAAGAGAUGCUCUGCGACCGUGUUCGCAUGGACGCUUACUACAACGCCGUUUUUGAGAAUAAACAUCACUUCAACGGAAAGACUGUACUGGAUGUGGGAACUGGGAGUGGCAUUCUUGCAAUCUGGGCAGGACAAGCUGGUGCUAGAAAGGUGUAUGCAGUGGAAGCGACAAAGAUGUCAGAACAUGCACGCGAGCUUGUGAAGGCAAACAAACUUCAAGAUGUCGUUGAAGUGAUUGAGGGUUCAAUAGAAGAUAUUAUUCUACCAGAGAAAGUUGAUGUUAUUAUCUCUGAAUGGAUGGGAUAUUUCCUUCUGCGUGAAUCUAUGUUUGAUUCUGUUAUUUGCGCGCGUGACCGCUGGCUAAAGCCAACUGGGGUUAUGUACCCAAGCCAUGCUCGCAUGUGGUUGGCACCUAUGAGGUCAGGAUUGGGAGAUCAAAAAAUGAGCGACUUUGAAGGAGAUAUGGAUGACUGGUUUUGUUUUCUGGAUGAGACUAAGGCUUAUUAUGGUGUGGAUAUGAGUGUUCUAACGAAGCCUUUCUCUGAAGAGCAGGACAAAUACUAUCUACAGACAGCAUUGUGGAACAACCUCCAUCCUAAUCAAGUUAUAGGAACUGCUUCCAUUAUAAAGGAGAUUGAUUGUUUAACAGCUACAGUGAAUGACAUCCUUAAUGUUAGAGCUAGCGUUUUAUCAUCAAUCUCUGCAAAGGAAACAAAGCUCUGUGGUUUUGCCGGGUGGUUUGAUGUCCAUUUCCGGGGAAGUAAGGAGAAUCCAGCAGAACAGGAAAUUGAAUUGACCACUGCUCCCAGUGAAGAUUACGGCACACAUUGGGGCCAGCAGGUGUUUCUUUUGCAUCCUCCUGUAUGCCUCAGUGAAGGUGAUGAUCUGAAUGUUAAUUUUUCAAUGGAGCGAUCCAGAGAAAAUCAUCGGUUGAUGGAGGUUGAGCUUAGUUGUGAGAUUAAAAAGUCUUCUGGCACGCUGCUUCCCCCAUUCAGAAAAAAGUUUUACAUUGAAUGAUAAAGAAAUAGAUGCCACUAGCAUUAUACUAGGCUUUGCUUUUUGGCGAAAGCGUGCUGACUGCAAUGCACCUCAGUUUUCAUAACUGAGCGCGUCUGCCUCAAAUUUUGAGCCGUUUUGCAUCUUGGUUGUUUUCUUCUUCCUAAACAUGAAGCAAGAUACUGUUCUUGUUAAGAAUUCUGAUUUCAAGGUGUUGUGAUAGUAGAUAGGCUGCUUGUCUUCCUUGUAGUUCCUUUCUCAUAAGCAAUGACAAAGGCCAUGACUAUAAGUUUAAUGUGUAAACACAAUAUAUUAUCAAUUGCAGCAAUUGUCUGCCCAAAUGAACCUUUUUUUACAAGAGA